AUGAAAUAUGCUGGUCUGAUCAAUUUGUUCACUUUAGACAUUGUGGAGAGGUUUGCGAGUUGUUUUAACAAAAAGGGUGAAAUGUUUAUAAACUCUGUCAGUGAAGUUGUUUUACAGAUCAUGCUCAAAUACUUAUUAGAAAUUCGUGACAUUUCUUUAUGGUUAUCAAAGCAAAGGCGAUCUGAACAGGUGAAUUCAGAGGUAAUUAGAAAAUAUGGAAAAAAGACGUGGAAAAUGGCAUAA